CUCUCUUUAGGACCAGAGAGAACUUUCCUUUGAGGUUAAGUUUCAGUAAUUGGUUGUGGGUUCCUUACUUCCUCUUUCUAGUUGCUUGUUCUUCUUGAUCUUGGGAGAGAAAUUGUGGGUGGGGAAAGCAAGGGACCAUGAUCAAAGGGGAGGCAAGCUUCUCCCAUAGCUACCUUCUCUUCCUGGAUCAAGUGACUUGUGAAUCGCCAGGUGAGCUCUAGUCCCGCCCCUUCACCUGGGAAAUGUUUUCUCUUGAAGAGUGGAAGGAGGAGAAACUGCCAUGAAGGAAAACCAAAAGGGGGAACUCAGACGUAUCUGACACCAAAGGUAAGGGCAUUCAGGGGUAUUUGUUUCCCUUUUUUACAAUAUCCUCAUGUUUGCUUGGGACACUUGCUAUAGUUACAUUUAUUUAAAGACAAACUGGGCAAGUUCUUGCUCCUUCCCUCUCACUCCAGUUCUUCUCCAGCUUCCCCCCUUUCCCUGUAUUUUCUUUAAUUAUGCAUAGAUUCGUCCUCUCCUUUUUUCUUCUGGCGCCCUUCAUCCUAUCAUUUCAUUAUUUUUAUUCCUUCACCACCUUUUGUCCUCACUCCUUCUAAAACCAUUAUUUCAAUUUGUUUAUGUUCUCCUGUCCUGUUAUGCUUAUACAGUAUAGCACAAUUGGUUUGCUCCUUCAUUAAGUUAUUUCCACUUUUGUUGCAACAUCCUACUCUAGAUCCUGUUCAGUUUUCUUAAAAAUAAAAUAAAAAAUCCAUCCCAAAUUAGAAUCUCUCCCAGCUGGAUAAACACCACACAUUUAAAGCAACCCAAUAAUCCUGGCAACUGUAGUUUACCCGCAGGGAGCUAUACUUCCCAGCACCUUUAACCAGCUACAUUUCCUAGGAUUCUUUCUAUUUCGGGGGGGGGUGUGGGUGUGGGUGGGUGUGCGUGUGCUUUAAAUGUAAGAUGUGUACACAGCCAGAGAUCUUUCAUCUCCCCUUCAAAAGCGUGAUCCCUUUUUUCAUGUGCUUUGCUUCAUUUUUUCUUAUUCCCUUUCACCCCAUCCCUAAGUUAUUCCACACUCUCCCUCAUUUCUCUCUUUUUUUUACCCCCCCCCCCAAUUCUAUAUCUGGGCCCAUUAUCACCUGUACUUUCCUGACAUGCCCACCUGUUUCAUUCACUGCCACCAGUCGUCCAUCAUUAUUUCACCCCUCAUUUUUCAGGGUUCUGUCCGCCAUGAAACUCCACCUCUCCAGUGCUCUCGCAUCUUCCCACCUGAGGCAUCUCCCAGACCGGCAGGGAUUGCUGUACAAGAAGAGCAUCCGCACAGCCUCCUACCGGCCAUGCUGGUGCGAGCUCUGGGGCAAUAUCCUCUUCUGUCGAGACCAAUCGGGAGAUCGGGGUCCUCUUCGGCUCAUCAUCCUGGAAGGCUGCACCGUGGAGCUGCAGGAGUCUGCAUCUGAACCGCACACCUUUGAGAUUUCCUACCCCAAUGGCGUACCCGGCGCCCGAUCCUACAAAAUGGCGGCCGAGAGCCAAGAAACCAUGGAGGGUUGGGUGCGAGCUCUCAGUACGGCAGGCUUCUGUUACCUCCGAGCUUUGGUGACGGAGCUGGAGGGACAGUUUCAGAUGCUGAAGCACCAGCAACCUCCCAAAUGUGAAGGACAACCGAGACACUUGGCAAGAGACUUGAAACACCCCACUACAAAACCAGCGGUGGAAGCUGGUCCCUUCAGCAUGGGUUUUGUCCAGCUCCAUCAGCAAUUUGGAGAAGAUAUUUUGAGGCUGAGGCGGAAGUGGCAGGAGAAGCAAGGCGAGCAGCAGCCAGAGAAUGAGUCCUUGAUUGAUUUUGAGUAGGGCUAUUCAGCCCAUGCCAAACGUUUGGACCAUGCCUAGUGAGCUUUGGGAAGUCUAGAAUCUAUGAAGUUUCAGGCAAGAAAGUCACGCAGAGCCAGUAUCUGAUUAAUGCCUUCGAAACAUAUGUCAGCACAUUGACAUUGACUUUUACAUGCUACAAGAGAUUUUAAUAAAUGUUUAUUUUUAAACAAAGAAACCUACCAGCCUUGAGAAUUGUUUUGUUUACCAUAGUAGCAGCUGCCAUACCUGAUAUAGUGAGAAAGGAGGUUGAGCUCAAUAAUGGUAUAUUUUGGUGAGCGUUUAUUGUGGGUGGAGUCUUCAGCUGUGCCAACCUCCCGAGUGUGGAAUCAGAACCAUUCCCCAAAGUGAAAUCUUGGUUUCUUUGACAUUAUUUGGUCCGGCCCAUGCAUUCAGUGGUGCGAUGAAAACAGCAUUGGCCUACUCUCUGGUCUUUGACUGGUGGGUCAGGACCAUAGCUGUCAACUUUCAGAUUUGAAAAUAAGGGAUCAGCAGCCUUGAAAAUAAGGGAUCAGCAGCCUCACCUGUCCUGGGGACA